AUGGAGAAGAAAACAGAAGAUCUCUUGCUGGAGACCCUAGACAAUCUGGAGGAGUAUGAAUUCAAAAGAUUCAAGUUCAAACUGAACGAGAUUAACCUGAAGGAAGGGGUUCAAGCCAUCCGCCGGAGAAAGCUGGAGAAGGCGGAUACCUUGGAUGUCACCAAGCUGCUGCUAGACCACUGCAAGGAGCAAGAUGCGGUGAAAAUGACUGUGGAGGUUCUGAGACACAUCAACCAGCGAGACCUGGCAGAAAGACUCAGACACGAUGCAUUAAUCCAGGAGCCGAAAUCAGAAACUCAGCAAGUUCUCGAAGCAGCAGACCCAGAACUUUUUCAAGAGAGAAGAAAAGCCACACAGCAAGUCCUAGAUAAGCUAAACCUGGUGCAGCACAGAAGAAAGAAGCUCAGGCUGACAGAUAUCCAAAAGAUCAGCUCAGAGAGUCUAGAGAACCAAACUCCUCAGAUGUUAGAAGAUUUACCUUGGCAGUUCAUCAGAAAGGUCAUGUCUUUGAAUGUGGGGGCCAGAAAUACAAGUCUUGUACAUGGGGCAUACGGUAGUCAAGGAAUCGGGGGGGAUGAGGAGGGAGCAAAGGAAAAAGAGGGAGAUAUUGAUUGCAAUAGCGUUUGUGUGACUAAGGCAAAAACUAGUGAGUCUCUGCACCCCCUCGAUGUUCUCUGCGCCGUUCUGCUUUGCUCAGACAGUUUCCUACAGCAGGAGAUCCUGUCCAGAAUGUCCAUGUGCCAGUUUGCCCUUCCUCUGCUGCUGCCUGCCCUCGACACCCCCAGGUGCACCCUACUGCUGUGGGCCAUGAGGGACAUUGUGAGGAAGUGGGGGCCGCACUCCCUGGCAGAGAGCAGAGGGUUCAGGGAGGAGAGCCUGGUGCUCACGUCAAUGCCAACCAUUUCCUUUGUGCGGCUGGGGAGCUGCAGCUUCUCCAAGUCCCAACUCCUCAAUGAGGUUCUCAGCCCCUCCCAGCAGUACCAUGAUUUCUUCAUCCAUCGGGACAUGGAGUCUGGAAAUAUCCCUCGGGAAAUUGCAGAUGGGCUGGUCGAGAUUUCCUGGUAUUUCCCUGCGGGGAAGAAGAGUUCAGAUCUUUUUGCAGAGCCCGUUGCGGUUACAAAUCUGCGUGGAGACAUUAAGUCCCACUGGCUACAGUUCAGCUUUUUAACACAGGUCUCCUCAGCAGUGUUCAUAGUUACUGAGAGCAUCAGUGAGAGAGAAUAUAAACUAUUAUCAUCUCUGGAGGGAUCAGACACAAAAUACUGCUUCAUCCUCAAUGCCCAGGCUGAGAAACACAGUGAAGUGCUUGAACAACUUGAAAGGUUAGCACCUGUGCUGAAAUUGUGUAAACCCCGUCUGCUGGUUAAAUCCACCAUCUUGAAUAAGACAGAAUUUGUGGAAAAGGUACAGACUACCAUAGGAACAAUAAUGAAUUCUACUACCAAGAUGGACAAUAUGGAAAGCAUUGCUGUUCAUGCACGUAAACAAGGAAUCCAAGUAGAUGAGGACUGUGAAGAAUGUCAGGGGGCAAAGAAACGUGUUAAAAUUAUCACUGCAAAAAUAAAUGAUGUGGAAAAGUACAAGGAGGAAAUUAUGAGACCCCUGCACCAGCCAAGGAAGAUGCCAAGAGUAGAACAGUGCAGAAUAGGACAGCAAGGAGAUACCCCCGCUGGGGGAGAGAAUAGGUUGAAAUUAUAUACACAGCACAAGCAAUAUGACCUUGCUCAUGGCAUGGAGAAAUUUAUUCCAGGAAUAGAAAAACUCCCACGAGAGGAAAUUGUUUACUUCUUAAAGUGCAUGAGACUUGAUCUGGAUCACAUUGCAAGGAGGAAUAAUAUUUCUCAAAUGAAGGCCAAUUCCUUAAGAGUGGAGCAUUUCAUGCGUGGAUUCGGGCAUGUUUAUGAGACAGAAAGCACACAGGUGAAAGAAGGCAAAAUGCUAAAAACCCAAAGAAAAUACAGCCAUUUCCCAGGCCUAGCAGCUGACCUGAUGCUGGAAGGGUUUCCCAUGGAGCUGAUCGAUGGAGAUGCCUCCAACAUCCCACUGCAGUGGGUGACAGAUGUUCUGACAGAGCUCCAUGCCAAGCUGGGGGGAAGGUCCAGAAUGCUGGUUAUAACAGUGCUGGGUGGGCAAAGCACUGGGAAAUCCACCCUCCUCAACACCAUGUUCGGCCUGCAGUUUGCAGUGAGCAGUGGCCGAUGUACGCGAGGAGCCUUCAUGUCCCUCAUUAAAGUGGCAGAGAACUUUCAGCAGGAGCUGGGCUUUGAUUUCAUCCUGGUGAUAGACACAGAAGGCUUGAAAGCCCCUGGACUGGCCAGACAGGAGGAUUGUCAUGUUAAAACAAUGCUGGCCAGAGUUGUGACUGGACUGAGUGACAUAAUGGUCAUUAUCUUGGAGAACGCCACCGAAAAGAAGGAUGUUCUGCAAAAUGUGGUCCACGCAUUUCUCAGAAUGUGGGAAAUAGGCCACAAACCCAACCACCAGUUUGGCCAUCAGAACAUCAGUGAUGUGUCUGCGCAUGAUCAAAACAUGAGGGACAGGAAACACCUCGUGGAGCAGCUGGGUGAAAUGACCAAAGCUUCAGUAGAAAAACAAAGCAGGGAACUGGCAUUUUCUGACAUUAUAGAGUAUGAACCGGAGAAACACAAUUGGUACAUCCCUGGGCUGUGGCAUGGAGUCCCUCCCAUGGCUCCAGUGAACAUUGGAUACAGUGAGAGUGUGUUUGAGCUAAAGAAACACAUGUUUGAAUCCAUAAAGAGCGAUUCAUCUCACAGAAGCAUCAAGGACAUGCCCCAGUUUAUUGAGUGUUUGAGGAGCCUGAGGAAUGCUGUAACGCAUGAACAUUUAGACAAGACCUAUAACCAACUUCAUGUGGAGUAUUCAGGGUCAGCAUAUAAUUUCAUUGAGGAAAUGGACCCCUCAGUAUCUGAAAAAGUAACUUUCAUCCAGAGUCAGCCACCCAAUGAAUUAGAUGUUGGUAAAUUACUCUGUGAGAAUCAGGACAAACUGAUUUGUGGGGAACAAAAGAUAUUGGAUAAUCCAAACAAAUACUUUGAAAGCAGAGCAAAAACUCUUCAUCUGAUAGAAAAACACAGAGAAGAGUUUAUCAGGACAACAACUAAUCUGAAAUGUGAACCUGAACAUUAUUUAAUUAGCAAGUGCAAAGAAGUACCUCAGAGGCAGUCCAUAUUUAGGAAAAUAUUUGAAAAGAGGGUUCACUGGUCCUUAACAAGCCACAGGGGGAAAAAAGAAACCUACAUCAACAAGAGACCUGAGGCCGGGGGGAAGUGA